GUUAGUUCUUCCGUCACGGAGAUAAGAGAACCCAGAGAUAAGGCAUUCACUUAGAUUUCACAUUACUGCGCUGGACGCCAUGUUUUUGUGUCUAGGAGUAUUUCUAGCUGGUCUAGUGGUAAUAGCCGAGGGCUCAGUAUGUGCCACCUCCUAUAAAGGAGCCUGUAUCGAUAUUUUCAGUACAUGUCCAAGUGGCUACGUACAAAGUUAUAGUCACUGUGGUUUCUUAGAACUUUGUUGUUAUCAACAACAUUCUACAAGUACUGGAACCGGAACCGGAACUGGAACUGGUACCGGAAGUCAUACCGGAACCGGAACCGGAAGUCACCAAACGAGUAGCGGAGCUCAAUGUGGAAUACCUGAUGUAACAAGUCAUCGAAUUGUUGGCGGAACUGUCGCAACUGCGCAUGCUUACCCAUGGCAGGUAUCACUACGAUAUGGGAGUCAUCACAUGUGUGGAGGAACUAUUAUCGACAGUCAGUGGAUUCUAACAGCGGCUCAUUGUUUCGAAGACACCACCCACUCUUACUGGACCGUAGCAACUGGUAUCCACGAUAGAGGUCACAUCUACCGAAGCCAGGUACAUAACGUACGAAAUGUAAUCGUUCACACAGGCUACAGCUCACGAAGUAACCAUAACGAUAUUGCACUCAUCAAGUUAGAUAAACCUCUUGACCUUACUGAUUCUACAACCAAGGCCGCUUGUCUCCCUAACAAACAGGAAGAUUUUGACGGACUGGUUUGUACAGUAACCGGAUGGGGAGCUCUUCACACAGAUGGUCCAGGAACUAGAUUAUUAAAUGAAGUUGAUGUCCCAAUCAUGGACAGUAACAGAUGCAAAUAUUACCUUGGCAACGUUAUUUACGGAAGUAACAUUUGUGCUGGAUAUAACCAAGGUGGCAGAGACGCUUGUCAGGGAGAUUCUGGUGGACCUCUUGUUUGUAAGAAGGACAGUGUCUACAAAAUAACGGGAGUCGUCUCGUGGGGAUAUGGAUGUGCCAAGAGGCAUGCGCCAGGAGUGUACACUAGAGUAUCCUCCUUCAUUGAUUGGAUCAACACAAAUAAAGCAAGACAUCCAUAAACAGAACAGAUAAUAUAGGAACUGAAAAUAAAUAUUUUUAAUAA